AUGAGCGCUCCAUUCGGUAUUGACUUAGGGUCUAACAACUCUGUGAUUGCUGCCGCUUUCAAGAACAACAUCGAUGUCGUGGUUGGUGAAAUCGGUAACCGUUCCACUGCCACCUUGGUUGGUUUCAACGCUAAGGCCAGAAGUCUUGGUGAAAACGCUAAGAUCCAACAAACCUCUAACGUCAAGAACACCGUCGGUAACUUGAACAGAAUCAUUGGUUUGUCCGCCGACAGCCCAGACUUUGAAAUUGAAAAGAAGUACUUCACCGCCCCUUUGGUUGCUAAAGACUCUGAAGUUGCUGCCAAGGUCAGAUUGGCUGGCGAACAAAAAGAGUUCUCUGCCACCCAAUUGUCCGCCAUGUUCAUCAACAACUUGAAAGAAGUUGCCCAAAACACCGUCAAGGGUAAGAUCACCGAUGUUGUCAUCGCCGUCCCAGCCUGGUACUCUGAAAAGCAACGUCAAGCCGUUGCCGACGCCUCCAGAAUUGCUGGCUUGAACCCAGUCAGAAUUGUCAACGAAGUCACCGCCGCUGCCGUUGGUUACGGGGUCUUCAAGAACAACUUCCCUGAUGAACCAAAGAAGAUUGCCUUUGUCGACAUUGGUUACUCCACUUACACCGUCUCCAUCGCCGCCAUCAAGAAGGGGGAAUUGAAGAUUUUGGGUACUGCCACCGACAAGCACUUUGGUGGCCGUGAUUUCGAUUACGCCAUCACCGAACAUUUCGCCAAAGAAUUCAAGAGCAAGUACAAGAUUGACAUCCACACCAACCCAAAGGCUUUCCACAGAGUCUUGACCGCCGCUGAAAAAGUCAAGAAGGUCUUGUCCGCCAACACCAGUGCCCCAAUCAAUAUCGAAUCCGUCAUGGAUGACGUCGACGUUUCUUCCACCAUGGAAAGAUCCGAAUUGGAAGAAUACGUUCAACCAUUGUUGGACCGUCUUCACGUCCCAGUCGAAGCUGCUUUGAAGGCUGCUGGUUUGACCACCGAAGACCUUGACAACGUCGAAGUCAUUGGUGGCUGUACCAGAGUCCCAUCCAUCAAGGCCAGAUUGGUGGAAAUCUUUGGUAAACCAUUGUCCUCGACUUUGAACUCAGAUGAAGCUAUCGCCAGAGGUGCCGCUUUCAUUUGUGCCAUCCACUCCCCAACCCUUAGAGUUAGACCAUUCAAGUUUGAAGACUACAACCCAUUCUCUGUCUCUUACUUCUGGGACAAGGAUGAAGAAGACGUUGACCACAUGGAAGUUUUCCCAGUCGGUUCUACUUACCCAUCCACCAAGAUCAUCACCCUUUACAGAUCUAAGGACUUUGAAAUUUCUGCCAAGUACACCCACCCAGAAGCUUUGCCAAAGGGUACUGACCCAUUGAUUGCUAAGUGGAAGGUCACCGGUGUCAAGGUCCCAGAAGGUGAAGACUCCGUUGCCGUCAAGUUGAAGUUGAGAAUGGACCCAUCUGGUUUCUACACUGUUGAAGCCGCUUAUACCGUUGUCGAAAAGAUUGUUCAAGAAUUGGUGGAAAACCCAGAAGCCAAGGAAGAUGACGAACCAGAAUACAAGGAUGUCAAGAAGUUGGUCAAGCAAGAUGACUUGGUUCUCGAAGCCCAAACCUUGUCUCUUCCAGAAGCUCUCAGAAACCAAUAUUUCGAAGAAGAAUUCAAGAUGGUUGCUAACGAUAAAUUGGUUUCCGAAACUGAAGAACGUAAGAACGCUCUUGAAGAAUACAUUUACGAAUUGCGUGGUAAAUUGGACGACAUCUACGCUCCAUUUGCUAGUGAACAAGAAAAGACUAAAUUGCAAGGCUUGUUGACCAAGACUGAAGAUUGGUUGUACGAUGAAGGUGACGACACCACCAAGGCUAAAUACAUUGCUAAGUACGAAGAAUUGGCCAGAACCGGUAACUUGAUUAGAGGUCGUUACUUGGCUAAACAAGAAGAAGAGAAGCAAGCCAAGAGAGCUAAGCAAGAAUCCAAGUUUGCUCAAGAAAUGGCCGCUAAGAUUGCCGCUGACAGAGCUGCCAAGGAAGCUGAAGCUCCAAAGAAAGAUGAUGACGUUGUCAUGACUGAAGAACUCGAUUAA